UUAAACAAACUGAAGUCAGCUUAAGCAACUGUGCGAACACAUAUAAAAUGUAUGUGACAAACUAUAAUGUACUUAAGAGAGUUUCGUCAAGUUUCGUCAAAUUUUAUUUGCUUAAGCAAAGAGCGAUACUGACAGCACAUUACGUACGGAACAAUUGUUUGUUUAUUAUACACAAAGAAAAUAAAGAAAAAAAUCGAAAGCUACAAGAAAAUUAAUUUAUUUCAAUAAAAUAUUUUGAAAUAUGUAUUUUUUUAUUACGUGUGUCACAUAAAUGUGUAAAUGGAGCUAAAUUGAUUUGAAUGCACUCAACGGAAGUCCAGAAAUUUCUGUUAAAUUGAAAAAUUGUUUACGUUCACAUUACUAACGUAACGAUCAGUAACAUGAAAGGGGUCAUGUUUUUAUCAUUAGUGCUGACAAUUUUAAGUGUCAGCCAUAUUAGUGCUCAAUACUUUGGUGGUAGUUUUAUGUCUCAUCUAACCACGCCUCAGCGUCACCUAUUCGAACCUUUCAUAUCACCACAAAUAACAUUUUACACUUCACCACAACAACAACGACAUUUAGCACCACGUCAGGCUCAGGCUUCACAACUACAAGAACAGCAACAACAACAAAAUUACAUUUGGCCCAAUUUAAUUAAUCCUUUAACUUUUAAUACGCCAUUUGAUAGUUUUGAACCUGAAGCUGAAUUUGUGCCCUUGGAAGCUCAACAACAGCAGCAACAAAAUCAACAGAGUCGUAAUAAUGAGGAGAAACCAUUUGAAGUUGAUGUCGUGACUAGUGAGGUAAAUGGUGAGGGUGCCCAACAUCAACCGGGCUUGUUUUUCCAACAAGCUUUCCCCUUCUUUGGCAAUAAUUUGUUUAAUACUUUUGGCGGUUUCGGCAUUGGCACCCAACAGGAACCUUGGUGGAAGGGACCCAAUGUCUGUACCGAAAAGGAAGAAGACGAAAAAACCUUAGAAGAAGGCGAUGAAAAGGAAGAAACUGAAACUGCCGUUGGCACAGAAACCGUUAAACAACCCAGUUUUGGACAGUUCCAAUUCCAAUUGAAUUCAUGUGUGGAAAAACCCAAUAAAUAUAUUUGUACCCGAGUUAUCAAUAAAAAUGGCAAAAAGAAAACUUUGACCAUUUCACGUCAAUGCUGUCAUGGCUAUGGGCGUCCACGUAAUGCUGCUUAUGCAACACCUUGCGAGAAAAUUGAAAUCAAAGAUAUCGAAGCAACGGCUAGCGAUUUAGGCGCCAAAGAGUUUUUGGCCAAAGCAAAAAGCAGCGGCUUAGGCGACUCUAUACAGUCACGUAAAAAUGUAACCAUCUUUUUGCCUUUGGAUGAAGCAUUCACAGCUUACAGUGAUGCCGUGCAAAGUGAAAAUAAUUUGGUUGAAAUGAAAUCGGAUGAAGGCAUGAAACAAUUGUACUUGCGUCAUGUGGUCGAUGGGGAAAUUAGCUUGGAUGAUGUGCGCAACGAACAGAUUUUGAAGACACAAGUAGAUGGCCAAACUAUACGCAUUAACAGUUACCAAAUGCCUAUUUCUUUGAGUCCUGAACCAUAUCGUUAUACCGCCAAUUGUGUGCCCAUUGAGAAACACGAUAAACUUUCCGAACAGGGUUUGAUUCAUACUUUAGCGGGCGUUUUGAAACCUGCCGAUAAGAAUGUUAUGGAUAUUAUCCGCCAAAGAGCCGAUAUGUCGAUUAUGCGUACAGUUUUGGAAAAUACUAAAUUGAAUGAACUUUUGGAGGGUGAGAAACCAGUGACCAUCUUUGUACCCACCGAUGAUGCCUUUGAGAAAUUGGAACCUCAUUUGCGUAGAGCUUUGAAGGAGGGCAAGGGUUGUGCUUCUAACAUCCUUAAAAACCACAUUUUGGAUUUGACCUUCUGUUCGGUGGCUUCUGUUCCCGGCGCCAAAACCACAGCCUACAAUUUAUUAGGUGAACCCAUGCGUUUCAAUCGCAGCAAAACUUCUGAAGCCGACUCUAAAGCCCAACAACCUGUUCUCAUCAAUGGCAUUGCCAAGAUCACUGAGGCUGAUAUUAUGGGUUCCAAUGGUGUUGUCCAUGUUAUCGACACCAUUAUGCCCACUGAAUCGGCUUUACCUUUAUCCUCACUCAUGCAAGAGAAAAAUGUCACCAUUUUCAAGCGACUUUUGGAAGCCACCGGUUUGGAUAACAAAUUCGAUGAUAUGGAUAAUGUUACCGUAUUUGCUCCCACCGACAAGGCUUUGCAAAACACCCAAUGGGCUAAAUUAUUGGAGGAAUCUCCUGAACAAUUGAAAGAUAAUCAAGAAUUGAUUGAAUUCCUUAACUAUCACAUUGCUCAGCCCAUGAUUAAGACCUGUGAUUUGCAAGAACAACUUAUGCCCACUGUGGGUGGUGAUAAAGUGCGCAUUAAUCUCUAUUCUACUCAUGCUCUUUUCUCGAAUGUCAUGAAUCGUGCCACCGUCAAUUGUGCCCGUUUAGUGCAUUUCGAUGAUGAAAGUUGUGGUUCCGUUUUGCAUCAAGUUGACAAAGCUUUGCAGCCAGCCAAACAAAAUCUUUUGGAAAUGUUGGAAGCCAAUCCUAACUAUAGUAAAUUCUUGGAUUUGGUGCGCAUGGCUAAUCUCACCGAUUUAUUGGCUAAUGCUGAGGGUGAUUACACUUUGUUGGUUCCCAAAAAUGAUGUUUUCGAAGAACUCGAAGACUCUCUUAGCAAAGAUCAAUCGGAAUUGGAAAAUCUUAUCAAGACCCAUAUAGUUGAUGAUGUUGUUUGCUGUGCUGGCAUUAUUCCCACCAACUGGCCUUUCGUGCGUUCCAUUGAGUCCUUAAAUGGUCAUCAUUUGCGCAUUACCCGUGAUCGUCGUCCCAAGAUACAAAAUGCCGGAGUUACCAAAUGCGAUACCAUUGCCUCCAAUGGCAUUAUCCAUGAAAUCAAUGAUGUUAUAGUUCCUCUCUCUCGUCAACAACAGCAACAACAACAGGCCCAUAAAAUACCCCAAUAUCCCGGCCAUCAAGCUCAACGUCCCCACCAACAUCCCUUCCAAAAUCCCGAAGAUAUUUUUGGUGAUCUCUUUUUCUAGAUGUUGUUUGGAGAACCAGCUUUUGGACCCUUAGUGAAAAUUGAAAGCUCAAUUAUUUUAUAAUUCCAAUACUUUCCUCUUCCACCUUCUUCUACCCCCCUCAUGCUACACAUUUUUUUUAACGAAACAUACAUACAUUAACAAGAAAACAUAACGUAUUUAUUAAGCUUAAACCGAAUAACGAAAUGAAAAUUUUUGAUCUGAUAUUUUCGAAUAUUUUCUAUAUUAUAAUUAAUAUAUAAACUAUAUAUUUAACUAUAUAAAUUAUUAUUUAUACAUAUAAAUAAAAAAACGAUUAUUUAAAUUUAAU